UACGAUUACUUGACUACCGUUUAAAGAUAGCUUGUGAUAAGUGUACUCUGAAAAGUUAGUUGUACAUUGUAUCAGCCUUAAUAAGAUACAACAUAAACCUCGACGUACCAAAUGCUGGAGAACUCAACUAUCGUAGUUAAUGUAUAUAUUAGUGAUUGUGCGUGACGUUAUAUGUAAUUACAAUGUUUUGUUGUCAUCUUGUUUGAUUCGUAAACGUGUUUACCAACCACGGACAUCCUAGUCUUAUUUCAAACCAUUACAAUGGACUUACCAUAAAAUUAAAUUAACUGUAAUUGACAAUAUAUCUUUUAUAUAUAACUACCAAAUCACUACAAGUAUAAUGGCGACACCCACUAAUGGUAAUGGUAACCUUAUCGACGAAUUUGAAGAGGCAUUUCAGCAAUGUUUGAGUAUUUUAACAACAAAGGACGAAGGGUUAGGAAACAAUGGGAUUGGAGUGUCUGGUGGUUUGACUGUGGAUAAGGAAGAAGCACGUAGCGAAGUUGAACAAGUCACGUUAAGAUUUAUAGAUCUUGCCAGACAAAUGGAAGCCUUCUUUCUACAGAAAAGAUUUUUACUGUCUGCACUGAAACCAGAACUAGUAGUGAAGGAAGAUAUCAAUGAUCUUAGAGUAGAAUUAGCGCGUAAAGAGGAUCUUAUAAAAAGGCAUUAUGAUAAAAUUGCCGUAUGGCAGAAUCUGUUAGCAGACUUACAAGGUUGGGCAAAGUCGCCGGCACAAGGUCCAGCACCUAACGGUUUACCAAACGGUACACAAAGUGGACAAAAUCAACAAACUGCAAAUGGAGGUGGAAGUGCAACGAUGCAGCAACAGCAACAAAUAUUGCAACACCAACAGCAGCUCCAACAACAACAACAGUUGCAGCAUCAAAUACAACAUCAAAUGCAGCAACAACAGCUUCAUCAGCAACAGGUGCAGCAAGGAUCGGGGGCUCCUCCUACAUCGGGUCUACAAGGGGUUGGAGUUUCGGUUGGACAACAAGGGAUGUUUAUGACUCAAGGAGGAGUAGGUGUGACAGGUGCGAGGGCAGGAUUCCCUGUUGGAGGUGUGGGAAGCAGUGCCCUUCAAGGACCGCUAGCUUUUCUGGAAAAGACAACGAGCAAUAUAGGAAUGCCGGAAAGGCGGAGUUGACGCGGAAGGGGGAGGGGCCGGGGUCGGGGUCGAGGAAGAGGCCGUGGAAAAGGGCGAAGCGCAGGAGGAAGUCUACCUCCGCCACCACCACUCCUCGAUACUUCGGACCCGUCAUCGUAUGCUGCUGCUGCCGCAGUUGCAGCUGCUGCGGCAGCGCCCCUUCCCUCUCCACAGCAGCAGCCCCCGCCGUCUUGUACAUGAACGUGUUAACAGCAGAGUUGGGCAUUAAUUGACUAAUUUUUAUCCAAAUAAAUUCAUUACGCGAUGCGAUUAAAGUUAAUCAUUAGCAUUAACAGCGACUAACGUUACUCGAUACCACGUUAAUUAUAUCAAUUAAUAUAAAUUAAUUGAUACAAUUAACGUGGUAUCGUGUAUUACAAAUCAACGAAUUUAAACUUUCGUUGCUUCACGCGUACGUGGUCCCAAAUAUCUUUUUAAUAAAUGUUCUCGACGUUAACACGCUGACUGUUUUAGACCAAAUUCGUGAAAUUUUCUACGAGACCAACUGAAUGCUGUAGAUUUUCAUUUUAUGAACUUUUUUAGUAAUACGUUACUCGUAUAUUACUUGUUGCAUUUUGUAGAGUUUGGAUCUCUUCUGAUUGUCAAGUCCUCAACUACAUUGUAACAGUUGUAAUCAACAAACUUAUCAUGAUUUAUGACGAGGAAAAAACAAAGACUUUAUCCCAAAAUUCUUUAAACCUUAUAAGUUUGUUCAUAUUUCGAAUUUCAUUAUAACAUUAGACACUAUAUACUUACAGAGAAUGUAAGACAAAAAGAAAUCGUUUUUUUUUUAUUCGGUAAAAGGAGUACUCUCUUAAUCAUUAAUCGCAUAUCGAUUGAUCAUUAUAUUAAUCGUUAGCUGCUGGCGACCACCAUUGAUUAAAUUAAUGGUAAUUUUUCAGCGGCGUUGAGUUCAUAUCAUCCAAUAUUUC